ACGCGGUAUUUAGUGGUUACCUGUGCUGGUGGUUGGAGGCUGGGGCUAUUUCCCAUCGAGAAUCCAAGAACAAUCCGAGGGAACCGGAAAUGCAAGACCGCCGACCGGGGAUGGGCAUAAUUGCAGACGCUUCCUUGGGUCCGGAUCAAGAGAACCGAUCGAGAUGUUGAAACAACUGUGGCUGUGGCUUGCGGCCUCCGUUCUCUGGGGGCAUACGUUGGCCUGUCCUAAAGAAUGUUACUGUCCGGCAGAGGCAAUAGCCAAUUGCAUGUCCAACGAACUCUCGGAUUUACCACAAAACCUCAGUGACGACGUCCGAGCAUUAGAUCUUUCUUACAACCAUUUCAUGGCGAUGCCGAGCAAUAUAUCAGCAUUUAGUAAACUCGAAAGCCUCAGCUUGAAACAUAAUAGGAUAAAUUCGGUGCGCUCGCUGGAAGGACUGAGGGAUUUGAAGGAGCUGGAUCUGUCGCAAAAUGCGUUCUCCCGCUGGUCGGACAUCCACCCGAGGAUAUUCUCCGAUCUCCAGUCGUUGCAAUGCCUGGACCUCUCGCAGAACACGUUGAGGACGUUCCCGAAUAUCAACAGCGACACCCUGGAAAUCCUUGACCUCACCGACACCGCAAUCACGAGUAUCCGAUUCGAUACAAAUAUUAGCCUUCCGAGGCUGAAAUCGCUGGAUCUUAGCAAAAACAAAAUGCCCGUAUUUUCAGCCAAUUUCAAAAGCGAUUCUCUAAUAUUGUUGAACCUUACCGACAGCAAUAUUCAGAACUUCUACGCACACGUCUUCGCAAAUCUACCUAGUCUGAUGUCCUUGAUACUCUCGCAGAACUUCGAGCUGAAAUCGUUAACCGGCGUGUCCUCAUCCAUGAUAUCUCUGGAUAUCAGCAAAUGCAAUUUCGAGAAGCUGCCUAGACUCGAAUGCACCAAUCUAAAGGACAUUGAUGUCAGUGGUAACCAUCUGCGUCGUGUCGAUGCCUUCAGUUUCGCCACCAUGCCCAACGUGGUUAAAGUGCAAAUAUCACACAACUCCAUCGAAGAAGUGCACGAGGAUGCUUUCGCCGAUCUGGAGUUUGUCAAUGAAAUCGAUCUAUCCUACAACAUGAUUUCUGCCUUAUUACCGAGCACAUUCGCAUCGAACAAACACCUGAAAAUACUGAAUCUGUCGCACAAUUAUUUAACCAGGAUGGCACCGUUACAGUCUAAAUCUUUAAUGCACCUGGAUUUGAGCAAAUGCGAAAUCAGCGAGAUCACUCUCAACAACUUGAAGUACUUGACAAAUCUUGUACAUCUGAAUCUAUCAGGUAACGUCAUCUCUCAUGUACCGAAUUUCUUCCACUCGAAGCGCCUAAAAGUGCUUGAUCUGUCCUACUGCAAAAUCAGCAAUCUGAGGAAUGAAACCUUCAGAAACAUGGAUAAUCUUCUCAGCUUGAACCUGAUGGGUAACAGGUUGGUAGAGAUUAAGCAUAACCACCUGCAAAGCGUCAGGAAUGUGUGGCUGGGAGAUAAUUCAUGGCGCUGCGAGUGCGAGAAAAGGGAUUUUAAGGAUCUGUACCAACACCUUACGAAUAUUAGCUCGGACGUAUACUCUCUGACAUGUCACUCGCCGGAAGCCUUUGAAGGUGUGCAUUGGUACACGGCAUGCGAAGAGGUAUGGUUUGCUGGAAGCCUGGCCAGCAGCAGGAAGGCGUGGCUGUACUCUCUAGUCUUCGUGUUGGUAUUCUGUAUCGGUUUCUGCGUAAUGGUAUCGAUGAACCGCAAUCGGCGCAAGAAACAGAGGGCUUCCGAGGAGCAUGAGCGACAGCGGGAGGAGGCCCUGGAGGUUUUGCGCAGGAUGCGCGCGGCCGAAAGCGAGAUCGUCGUGGCCACGACCUCGACCAACGCACCGGACCCUCGUGAAGAGGAAAACCCACCAACUUACCAAGAGGCGAUUUCCAUGACUAACCUGGCCGGUUCUAGCGCAAGUCUUAACAACAAGAACUCUGAGAGCAACAGCAAACCUAGGAAGCUUAGAAGGAAGAGGAAACGCUCUGCACAGAAACAGAGCGAAAAUGCAGAUGUGAGCGACGAAGAACCAUCACGUACCUCUGUUUUCGUCGAAAGCGACUUGUAACUCUAACCACAAUCUUAUUUACUUGUUUGUAUUUUAACAUAUACAUAUGUAUAUAUAUUUAUACAUAUAUACUUUGGUGAAAGGUUUUUUUUUAUAAUAUUAACACCACUAAUAUGGGCUACGAUAUUGGUUAAAUCCAUUUCGUGGUUUCGUUGCAAAUAAACAUUUAACACAAUAACUUACCUGUUUUUUUCAAUAAAAUAUUUUAUUUUUACACCCUAAUUUAGUCUAAAACAAAAACAAUUAAAGAACUAAAAUAAAAAGUCCAUAAACAUUCGAUUAUGCAAUUGCAGUAUUAUUAUUAUUUGUUGUUUUAUAUACUAUAUAAUUGUUUGUUGUAUCAUUUUUAUACAU